GCCAUGAAUCCCGACAUGAACACAAUCCGCUGAACUACCGAAGUACUCUGCCCGCCUACGUGCACAUGUUUGACAACGACUCCCCGUCCCGCCUUCCUCGCGCUGGCAGGAGAAGCGGGAGGUGGCAACGUCGGAACAGCAGUGAGGAGCGCAAGAUUUGCCACUGGCUAGAUGGCCUGGAACACAGUGAGCCGAACACCUGGCCCGGACAAGACGCCUCCACAAGUAACACGGACGCCUCAAGACCACCAUCCCGAGCAUCUCAAGAUGGGGCUCAGAAUGCUGGAAAUUCGGACGCGGGCGGAGAAACCUCGAGUUUCCAGCCUCCUACUUUGGAUUCACGACGCGGGACGACGAGGCGUGCUCUGGCCUCUCCAAUCACCUCGGAUGCCUUUUGUACCGACUAUGUGACUUCCUGCUCCGACGAUCUGAUCCUCUCGCACUCAUGUUCUAGUACUGCGGUUCGCAGCUCUGGCGCACAUGGAGAAAGCUCUGGCAUCUCGACGUCCCACAAUGGGAAGCAUGCAGGACGCACCAUCUCAGGCUGGACAUCAGAUACGACAAGGCUACUCGCAACCGGCUUCCAGAGAUUGGGACCAAAAUCUGUCACAUCGUCGCAUAUGUCCGGUACCACCCUCGUGCCCUCCUCAGCGUCCUCGUCGUCUCCGCAGCUCGACUGGGCGAGCUACCCGUCCCCUCACGACGGCCGCGCCGAUCAUCUAUCUUCUUCAGCCAGCUGCGGGCAUUCUAGACGCGAGUUGUCACAGCCAAGUCACACCUCCGUCGCCAGUACCACAGUGUUCGACAGUGCCGACUCUCUCACGACUACCUCUGUAAUCAGUAGGCACCGCUUAGCCUACCAUCGCAAAGUUGAUACAAAGGCAGCCCCUCCGAGUGGAGACCAGGACCUGUUCCUAUAUAUCCCCACGAUGCUCAGACCCCUGCCGCCGCUACACGCCCCAUCCCUGGGCUUCUACCGACUUAGGAGCGCUGGGAGUGAUGCAUCUUCGUCGUCAGCCCAAAGCGAAGGUCAAGUGGACCGCGCCCAAACGGACUGUCUAUUCGACACGAUCCGUGAAGCGCUGACUACGCCGUUGUAACUCGAUGCACGGCCGCGCUGGGCUUUCGGUUUCAAACAUAUCUCCUGUCUUCAUGAGGUCGGGGUCUUUGCGUUUACGGGUUAUACUAGAGUAUACCAAAGGGACUUUGCAGAGUAAUGCCGGGGCUUCCUGUAUCGUUGGGCUAGCGGUUAGUCUACCGACCGUGUAGAAGAUUAUCGUAUACAUUGCGGCCGGUCAA